AUGCAUCAAAGAGUACCAGUGGACCGGCUCAACCUGGUUGUCCUCGGAGACCAGACGAGCAAUGUCUCUGCACUGCUGAAGAGGCUCUUGCUUGCAGCUCCACACAGCGUCGCCCAGACGGAAUUCAUCCGGGAUGCGAGUGCCGCGCUGAGAGCCCAGUCGGAUCGUCUGCGGCCAUUCCAGCGCGCGCACCUUCCCUCGUUCAAGAACAUCCACGAUCUUGCCCGAAUAUACCAUGAAACGCAUGGUGCCUGCCACCCCUCAAUCAGCAGCGUCUUGCUCUGCGUCGCCCAGCUCCUCCAGAUUUUCCGUUACUUCGAAGGCCGCGGUCGUCGUCCAGAGAACAAUGAGCUCAUCACGGUCGUUGGACUCUGCACGGGGUCCCUGGUGGCAGCAGCCUACGCUGCCUCUGCCUCGCUCGACGAUCUCAAGCACCUCGCCGUCCCAACAGUCUCCAUGGCCUUCCAGAUGGGUCUGCAAGCCGCAACAGCCAGUAGCAUGCUCCAUGAGCAAGGCAGCCCGCUCGGCAGCUGGUCCAUUGCCAUCCCUAAGAUGACAGAGGACGAAGCGCUCUCGGCCCUGAAUAUCUACGACGCCGGCGGUCAUCUUUCCCUUCGGCACCGGUGUUUCGUCAGCGCUGUGGGACUCAAAAGUGUCACCAUCAGCGGGUCGCCGCCGGCGUUGAAUCGCUUUGCAGAGAGCCUCACUGCGUCUCAGCCUUCGAGAAAGAUCAUCUGGUUGCCCAUUUACGCAGGAUAUCACGCGUCUCACAUCCAUACCGUGUUGGAUUUCUCAAGCUUCUUAUCUCGGUGUGGAGUCGACGCCGAGUUGCUGUCCAGCUUCAAGACGCUCAAGACUCUUCUUUCACCCUUGACUGGCCAGCCAGUCGACUCUCCCACCGCGUUGGGGCUUUUUAAGACCGUCGUGCAUCAUACUUUGCAAGCGCCGCUGAGGCUGGACUUGAUCCUCGACCGCUGUGAGCGGCUGAUACAAGAUAAUGCCAUAUCAACGGUCCGCAUCGACGCAGUCGGGCCGACGCCCGUGGCAGAGAGUCUGGCUGCGACUCUCCGGGGCUUCACCGACGCUACGGUCUCCGUGCAUGACCUCGUUGCACUUGACCCAGGGGCUGACGAGUACAGACCUUCGGCUUCCUUUAGUCAUGCGCCUCUGGCAAUCGUCGGCAUGUCUGGCCGAUUCCCAGGGGCAGAUAGUGCCGAGGGUCUCUGGAGUGUCCUUGAGCAAGGACUGGAUCUGCACCGCGUUAUUCCCAAAGACCGCUUCGACGUCGAAAGCCACGUCGACCCCACGGGAAAGACAAAAAACACCAGCUGGACCCCCUACGGCUGCUUUAUCGACCGCCCCGGGGAGUUCGAUCCUCGGUUCUUCAACAUGUCGCCGCGGGAAGCUCUGCAGACAGACCCGAUGCAGCGUCUCGCUCUCGUGACUGCGUACGAAGCUCUCGAGAUGUCGGGCUUUGUCCCAAACCGGACCCGCUCCACGGCGCUGAAUCGCGUUGGGACGUUUUACGGGCAGACCAGCGACGAUUACAGAGACGUGAAUGCUGCACAGGACAUCGGGACGUAUUUCAUCACCGGUGGGAUCCGUGCCUUUGGACCGGGCCGGAUAAACUACUUCUUCAAAUUCACCGGCCCCAGCUACAGCGUCGACACAGCUUGCUCCUCCAGUCUUGCAGCUAUCCAAUUGGCCUGCACCUCCCUAUGGAGUGGAGACUGCGACACCGCGAUUGCGGGGGGUCUGAGUGUCCUUACUUCUCCGGACCUAUACUCUGGUCUCAGCCGCGGCCAAUUCCUCUCGCAGAGCGGGUCAUGCAAGACCUUCGAUAACGGUGCAGACGGGUACUGCCGUGCGGACGGAGUGGGAAGCAUCGUGGUAAAACGCCUCAGCGAUGCAGAGCGAGACAGAGAUAACAUCCUCGCUGUCAUUCUGGGCGCAGGGACGAACCAUUCUGCUAACGCGAUCAGCAUCACGCAUCCCCAUGCUGAAACACAGUCUAACCUCUACCGCGACGUUCUCGAGCAGGCAGGAGUUGAUCCAGCAGAUGUGGGGUAUGUUGAGAUGCAUGGGACGGGCACGCAGGCCGGCGAUGGCACGGAGAUGCGGUCCGUUAUUGAUGUCUUUGCGCCGGCCAAGGGGUCCAGGGCGGAGGAGAAUCCGCUGUAUGUUGGUGCAGUAAAGGCAAAUAUUGGCCAUGGUGAGGCUUCUUCUGGAGUGGCCUCUCUAGUCAAGGCCAUCUUGACGUUUAAUCACUCGGCUCUGCCACCGCACGUUGGCAUUAAAAACGAGAUCAACCACGGAUUUCCUGAUUUGAAUGCUCGCAAUGUCCGAAUACCGUUCAAGAUGACUCCAUUUCUACAAAGAAACGGCAAGAAGAGAACGAUUCUCGUCAACAACUUUAGUGCCGCUGGCGGCAAUACAGCCCUCCUCAUUCAGGAACCUCCAGCGCCAGUCGUGUGCCAUGAUAUCGAGACGCGCCCGCUACAUCCAGUCACAGUGUCCGGACACACGAAAUCAGCGCUCCUGAAUAACCUCCAUAGGCUGGUCGACUAUCUUUCCGCCAACCCCGACACAUCCCCGGUCGACAUCUCCUACACCACCACCGCGCGCCGACGGCAUCACACCUUCCGGGCCACCGUUACCGAAUCCUCCCUUGAGGGCAUCAAACAGGCCCUGAUGGAGAAACAAGUCUCGAGCAUAGUCCCCCCUCCCACCUCGCAAAAGACAUCUCAACCCGUUAUCUUCAUCUUUACAGGCCAAGGCACAACCUACUCGGCCCUAGCCCGCGAGCUAUACAUGACAUCCACGCAGUUCCGCGCAGACAUCGAUCAUUUUGACGGGAUCGCACGACAGCAAGGGUUCCCCACCUUCCUGCCCGUGAUUGACGGGACCGCUGCGGACCUGGACGCCCUGUCCCCAAUUCAAACUCAGCUCGCUCUGGUCUGCGUCCAGGUCGCACUGGCACGACUGUGGAGCUCGCUGGGAAUCAAACCCGGGGCCGUCGUUGGGCACAGUCUCGGCGAGUACGCUGCGCUCCAGGUUAGCGGUGUCCUCUCGAUCAGUGAUGCAAUCUACCUCGUCGGGUACCGCGCGCGCUUACUAGAAAGCCGGUGUGAGAUGCACUCGCACGCAAUGCUGGCCGUUGCGGCGGACGAGGCGACGACAUUGAAUAGUCUCUCCGGGUCUCAGGCUGGCGCAGGUGUAGAGGUUGCGUGUGCGAACAGUCCGCGCGAGACAGUCCUUGCUGCACCAAGAGAGACCAUUGAUGCGGCGGCCGACUAUCUUUCUGCGCGAGGUAUCCGAACAACAAAGUUGCGUGUCCCGUAUGCGUUCCACUCUGCGCAGGUAGACCCCAUCUUGCACGGCCUCGAAGAGGUGGCGAAAGUGGUCAACAUGGGCACACCGCAGAUCCCGAUCAUCAGCCCACUUGCCGGUCGGGUUCUGCGCGAGGGCGAGGAGAUUGAUGCGCGGUACUUGCGAGAGCAUUGUCGGCAGCCCGUGCGGUUUGCGUCAGCUCUGCAGAACGCGAAAGAGACUGGCCUCAUUGUGGACUUGACCGUGUUCAUCGAGAUAGGGCCGCACCCGAUCUGCUCGGGAAUGGUUCGCUCAAUCCUCGAGGAGGGUGCACCACCGACGCUUCUGGCCACGUUGAAACGCAAAGAGAGCCCGUGGAAGACGCUUGUUGGGACCCUGGCUGCACUUCAUGAUCUGGGUUUCACCGUGAACUGGUCAGAGUAUCAUCGCGACUUUGAGGGUGCCUGUCGGCUGCUUACACUCCCGGCAUAUGCCUUUGACAACAAGGACUAUUGGAUUGAUUAUCGCAAUGAUUGGACAUUGCGCAAGGGAGAGCCAGCAGGACCCGAGCUCUCUGGCACGAAGGAGAUCGAGGCCACACCGGUUGCCAAACAGCUGUCCCAUUCUGUGCAUCGCGUGGUGAGCGAGAUCUAUGAUGGGACAAUCCCAGUGGUGUUUGAGACAGACCUUUCGGCGCCUCAGAUCCAUGAUGCCAUUGGUGGGCAUCGAGUUAAUGGGUCCGCUCUGUGUCCCUCGUCGGUAUACGCGGAUGUAGCGUUGACCAUUGCGGACCACAUCCACAAGCAACCCGCUUCCGGCUUCUCAAUGUCCGGAUACAAUGUCACCGCGAUGGAGGUUCAGAAUCCACUGAUCAUUAAAGAGCCACGCGAGACGGAAACCCGAAUCCUCCGUAUCCAUGCACACCCCGAUCGCCAAUCUCAAAGCAUACGCAUCGACUUCGUCUCAGCGGACAGCAUCAACAAGUCUGUCGAAACAAAGCACGCAACCUGUCUUUUGGAAUUCGGCUCUCCCGACAACUGGCUGCGCCGAUGGUCGCAUGAUCUCUACCUUAUUCAAGACCGGGUCGCCUCCCUGCAACACCGCGCCGACUCGGGCAGCGGAGACGUGAGUAGGCUCACCAGCCGCCUCACAUACCGGCUUUUCGGUGCCCUGGUCGAUUACGCACCGGGAUACCAACGCAUGGACCGGGUUGUGCUCGAUAGCGGUCUCCUCGAAGCGACAGCAACAAUCCGAUUAGAUGGCCGUGGUGCCGACGAUGGCGGGUUUUUGUACAGCCCAUACUGGAUCGAUGCGCUGCUGCACCUGGCCGGAUUUAUCAUGAACGGGAAUGACUCGCUGGAUUACAGCGAGGCCGUCUACAUCUCGCAUGGCUGGCAGGGGCUGCGGUUCGCAAAGCCUUUGGUCCCGGGCGCAGAGUACCAGGCGUAUGUGAGGAUGCUGCCGCGGGAUAAGACGGUCGUUGGCGGCAAUGUCUGGAUGCUGCGAGAUGGCGAGGUCGUGGGAUUGGCAGAGGACCUGAGAUUCCAGAGGGUUCCGAGGACUGUGCUUGAUCUGCUUUUGCCUCCCGUGGGCGCUAAGAGUGCGAUCGUGAAGAAGACAGCACCAAACCCGAGUCUCGUCGUGCCAGAGACGCCAGCUAGAAAGCCAGCAUCAGCAGUGGUCCCGCAGCAUGACAGUAGGCCGACGAGAAGAGAUGCCUUUCUCGACACCAUCGCCGCUGAACUGGGCGUCGAGCCUUCGGAGAUCUCGCCAGACGAUACAUUAUCUGACCUGGGCGUGGACUCUUUGAUGUCUCUAACCCUCGCGAGUAAUCUCGUCGAGCAAUUCGGUCUCUCGAUUUCUCACGCCGACCUCAUGAACGCCGCUACAGUCCGUGACCUCCUCGCCCUUUUGCAUGACAAGCAGGGUACAGCACCUAGCCCAACAGCUUCAGACAGGAAGCCUCAUACAAGCAUAUUCAGUGAAGCACAACCCUCAUCAUCUUCAUCGACGCUGACAAGAAUCUCCACUCCCGACAGUACAACUGGGGAAGCCGCAGAGCUUGUGCGAACGCUCAUCAUCGAAGAAACAGGAAUCGCCUCAGAAGAUCUCGAGCCAUCGGCCGACCUAAGCACGCUGGGUGUAGACUCGCUCAUGAGCCUAGCAAUCCUCGCUCGUUUGCGCGAGGCGGGAAUUGAGCUACCGACCAGCUUCUUCCUAGAAAAUCGGACGGUGAGCGAUGUUUUUCGAGGACUCGCGUGCCAUCUGGGCGUCGAGACACCGCACUCGCAGACGUCAAGCGCAAGCUCCAGCUCCAGUUUGAGUUCAAGCUCAGGCACAUUUCACUCGCGACUGCUUCUACUCCAACGCCGGUCGAAUCCCACCAGCUCGGCCAACCUCUUCCUCUUCCCCGAUGGCUCCGGCACGCCCUUUGCGUAUGCAGCGCUCGACCCGCUCGGCCCGGGCCUGGAUGUCUACGGUCUCGUGUGUCCCUUCAUCGAUGCACCUUCGCAGUACAGCAUUGGCAUCGAAGCCACCGUGAAGAUCUACCUCGAUGCGAUCAGGCGGAAACAGGCGCAUGGCCCGUACCAUCUUGGCGGGUGGUCGGUCGGCGGCGUCUUGGCCUACGAAGCCUCCAAGCAGCUGCUCGAAGCUGGCGAGAGAGUUGGCUCGCUCAUCCUCAUCGAUGCGCCUUGCCCAUUGACUCUUCCGCCCAUGCCCGCCUCACUAAUUGACCGCUUAGCGGCCAAGGGGGUAUUCGGGCAGUUCGAAGAUGUAACCGGCCGUGGCCGGGAGGAGAGAAUAGGUAAACGACAAAACCUGUUAGCGCACUUUGAUGCAACGGUGAAGAAUCUAGCAGGAUACAGACCGGCCGCUAUUGCAGCUGGUCCUGGGUCAAUUCCAUCGACAUUGAUCGUCUGGGCGCAGGAAGGCGUGGAUCCCAGCGCCAACUUGUCUCUCGCCUCUUCGAAUCCCACCGAGUCCUGGAUUCUAGAAGAUAGAGCGAGCAGCAUUGGGCCACAGGGCUGGGACUUGUUAUUGCCGGCGCAGAAGAUCUCCACGCGCUCGGUGUCGGGAAAUCACUUUACGAUGAUGGUUGGGCAGAAUGUCGCCUCAGUUUCGAGGCUUUUGCAGGAGUAUUUAUAGUCUGGGAGGGUAGCGUAAAAAUGGACUACCUUCAAAGGUUGAGUGCAGGGGCAGGUCAGAUUGCGUUAGUCUAGUUAGAUGGAGUAUGUUAUAACUGCAGUGGUAGAGUACAACUGGAUAGUCCUUCCAUUGAAAUGGUGUGACGAGCUUGUAAUCCUGUAGCGUAAUGCACUGCUAGUACUCAACAGCCAUAGAUGAUCUAGCACCCUCCCUUCCCACUCUACUCCUUAUCAAGGGCAAACUGCUCCCAAAGCGCC